ACGACGCAUUUGCCAUUGAUCCGGAACAAAUCUGCUCUGACGAAUUAGUGUUUUUGUUUCUUAGUUAAUAUUCAUUGUACAUGUAUAUGUAUUUUACAACACAACAGGAUAAAAAGUAAUACAGAAGUUGUUAUACAAAAUGGCUUGCGAAACUGGUGAUGAAGAUUUUGUUAGCCAACUUAAUGAGGAUAGUCAAAGGAAAGCAAAAGAAGAGCUUCACGAACUAAAUGAUAAGGAUCGAGCUAUAGCUGUACAGACACUGAGAAAAUAGGUUCUUGAAACCGACUGGCUAAAAUCGCCUACAGAUUUCAGUUUCCUGCUACGAUUUUUGCGGACAAGAAAGUUCAGUCAACUUGGUGCGAGACAGAAUUUAGAGAACUAUUGGACAUUGAGGACAAACGCUCCAGAAUACUUCAGAAAUAUUGACCCAGCUGAUCCAACUCUUCAAGCUAUUUUGAAAUUAGGGUUUUGCUUUAGUCCGAAGAAACUUGACAAACAUGGCAGACGAGUGCUUAUAUUUCGAUUGGGUAAAAUAGAUGUUGAGCAGUGCAAGAAAUGGGGACUUGAUAACCUCUACAAAGCCUGGUGUCUUGUUUUUGAUUGGAUUGCAUUUGAUGAAAACGUUCAAGUAAAUGGCAUUGCGACUUUUGAUGACCACUCUGAUAUUACCUUGAACCUUUUCAUGAAUGUAGUCACACCAAAAAUGUCAAGCGUUAUGUUCAAAUACUUCCAGAAAGCUUUACCGAUGCGAAUCAAGAGCAUUAAUGAAUAUAAAGAGCCUGCGUUCUUUGAUGCGAUGAUGGCAGUGGUUGGCCCUUUCUUGACACCAAAAAUUAGAAGCAGGCAAGUUUUACAUGGGCGUAGCAUGGUAAAGAUAUACGAAGAAAUAGGACAAGAAGUUCUUCCUAGGGAAUACUUGCCGGACGAAUACUCUGGUAAAUGUGCCGGAACAACUAGUCAAAUUAUUGACGAAAUGAUUACCAGCAUGAAUGAAAAGAAAUUCAGGGAUUAUAUAAUGGAUGUGAGUGGUGACAAAUAUGGUGUUGAUGUCAAGAUAAGAAAACAGGAUACAACAACCAUGGAUGCUUCUUUUAGAAAACUUAACAUCGAUUAAAACAUUCUGAUUGUUAAAUUACGUACACAGAAAUAGGAUGUGACCAAAUGAAUUUAUACCAGCAAAUUUUGAAGAGUAAAUACAAAACAAAAACAAU